AGGCACUGGGAGUUGGCAACACCCCUGUUCACCGAAGGAUAUGACCACGAACGUCACUCGCUAAGGCUCUACGACAGUGUUCUUCAGCAUCGAACUUCUACGCUAUGUGACAGCCCACGAUACAGUUUCGAGUUAAAAACGAGUUGCGUUGACGAGAGCCGAGAGGAUGACUGCUACCCUGAACAACAACGUGUCCGGCCUGGACAUGAAGGAGCACAAUUACCUCAAGUUCUACAUCGGCGUCAUGCGCGUCGGCCACAGGGUGUGCGCGGACGUGUUCGCGUGGGGCUACCAGGGCGGUUCGGAUCCCAUUAAGGAGGCUCUCUUCAGGCUCCCGGGCUACAACAACACGAGGUUUCGCAAGGACUUCGACGCCUCUCAGCGGAGGAAGAUAGAAAAUGGCGAUCCGGUGGGGGACUUCGAUAUUACGUUGAUCUAUAAGCUCAUGCAGAUGGUCUGUGGACUCAAGGAGGCGGGCGAUUCAGACUGGAUCAGACCCGAGUCCGAGUCCUUAGAGUACUGUCUCUACGCCAUCAAGACCAAGCGGAAUGCGGUCGCCCACGAGAAGCUCAAGCUCACUCCGGAAGACACGGUGCUCAAACUGGAGGAACUGAAGAUCUUGUUCACGAAGACCUUCCAGAAGGCUGGCCAGAGGUACGGCGUGGACGAGUCUGAGGUUCUGGCCAAGACGACCGCGGUGGCGAGGGAUAUUAUCGCCAUUCGAGACUCGCCUGUGCCGCCGGCAACUGUGGCCGAGUACGAGAAGGAAAGGCGGGCGUUUGAGAGGGAGUGCAUCCGCAAGGAGUGUUCGGAGGAGUUUUUUCGCCUCGCCGAGUGCGUCUCCUUGAUAGACAUAGCUGGACGUAAAGUGAAUGUUUCAAAGGUAUUCACAUACCCAAUGCUCAAGCGUGAUGAAACUCAAAUAGUACAGAGGCAGUUGACAGUCGCGGAGAGUUACGUUGAAAUUCCCGAUAUUCUUGUAGCAAGAGAUUGUGACGAAUCGAGGCCUCAGGUGGUUUUACUCUCCGCUUUGAGUGGGAUGGGAAAAUCGACCUUAUUGAAAUUUAUAAUGGACGCAAAUGUGAACGACAAGAGUGCUAUUUGUAACCUGGAUAGCUUUGAUGCUGUGCUUUACCUGGAGUGUUUAAAUGUGGGAUUCAGUUCGCUCAGUGAGUUGUUCGGUCUCCUGCUGCCUCGGACCUCUUCGAAGUACCAGCCUCAAGAAUUCCAACAACACAUGUUUUCUCUACGGAUUCUGCUGUUACUGGAUGACAUCGAGAGCCUUGACACGAGAUCCUUCGGGGUUUUGGAAGAAUUUUUCAGGCUGAUGUCACCCGAGACGCGCAUCGUAGCCACGGCCUCCAGGGAGAAGGCGAAGGAAAUCCAGAAGAGAAUUGUUACUCAGCACAAGAGGGUUUUGUUUCUCGAAGUGGAAGGAAUACCUGACGAUCAGACAGUGCAGCACGUAUGGAAGAUCAUGCAGCAUGGCAUUAGGAACGCAAGCAUCGACGAGGAAUGUGGCAAUAAGCUCUACAAUCUGAUCACAGCCAAGCGGCCAUGUUUGCAGGAUCACCUUAGGUCUCCCGAAGUCCUCAAUGCCCUGGCCAUCUGCUGGGCCUUUUAUCCAGAGCGCAUCAAUAACUCAACCACUGUAACGGAAAUCUUCAUCCUCAUACAGGAGCUAAUCAGUCAAAAGGUCUUGCAGAACAUAACACGUUCGCUCCUGCCUGGGAUGAUCACGAAAGCCAUCGUCAGGUCAAAGUUGAGUAAUUUUCUCGAAACCCUGAGUCGGGUCGCGGCCAAGAGUUUGGUCAAAGGGUAUAACGUCAUCGAACAGAAGGACUUGUUGACGCUGAUCAAGAAAUGCCGGAAAUUGGAGCUUAGAGGAGGAGUCUCUGAUAUCCGCCUUCCUGAACUACACUCACGAGCAAGGAAGCAACAUCCUGACCUGCCCGAGGAACGUUUUCUUUGCGCAGCGCUCGACCAUGCAGUACUACGCAGCCAACUUUCUCUGCUGGCGAUGUGUUAAGCGCCAGACAGCUAUUCGUGAUCUGUUGCGUCUACAAGCCAAAGAAAUCGGCGAUGCCAUUGGACCCAACCUACAAGCGAUGGUAAAAUAUUUACUGGGUUUGUUAGCAGUGCACAUGCCGGAGAGGCUGAAGGAGAGGGCCGCU